AUGCUGUCGAUUCAUAACAAGAAGAAAUCUGUGUACUCAGUGCCUAAGUACUAUGAGAGAGAAGUGCAUCAGAAAGAACCCCAACGCGGUGUGGUUUAUUUUCGGACCCGCAUCUUUCAUUGCAACGUGCGUGAGACUGGGGAGUGGGUGACGGGUGACUGGCGCAGUAGUAUGAGUGUCAGGGAUCUUCUCAGCAACCUCAGUGCUUCGCUGCGUUUGAACUCCGCUUCUAUCCUCACCCGCUGAUUCGCUAUAAUAAGGGUGUUACACGUAGCCCAACUCCAGCGAGGUGUUGUCUUUCGCACAAUUGGGCGAUCCACGACAUACUAGGAAC